CUGCGGGCGCUGGGCGCGGCGGGCCGGUGACGCGGGGCCGGGCGCCGCCGCGCCGCCGCGAUCAUGUCGGAACCGGCGCCCGAAGUUCCGGAGGAUUUGUUCCGCGAGGUCAAGUACUACGCGGUGGGCGAUAUCGACCCGCAGGUUAUUCGGCUUCUUAAAGCUGGGAAAGCCAAGGAAGUCUCCUACAAUGCGUUGGCCUCACACAUCAUUUCAGAGGAUGGGGACAACCCCGAGGUGGGAGAAGCCCGGGAGGUCUUUGACUUGCCUGUUGUAAAGCCUUCCUGGGUGACUCUGUCCGUGCAGUGUGGUGCUCUCCUGCCAGUCAAUGGUUUCUCUCCAGAGUCCUGUCAGAUUUUUUUUGGACUCACUGCCUGCCUUUCUCAGGUGUCGUCUGAGGACAGAAGUGCCCUGUGGGCCUUGAUUACUUUCCACGGGGGCAAUUGCCAGCUGAACCUCAACAAGAAGUGCACACAUUUGAUUGUUCCAGAGCCAAAGGGGGAGAAAUACGAGCGUGCAGUCAAGAGGGCGAGUAUCAAGAUUGUCACCCCUGACUGGGUCCUGGACUGUGUGUCUGAGAAGAGCAGGAAGGAUGAGGCCUUCUACCAUCCUCGUCUGAUCAUCUAUGAGGAGGAGGAGGAGGAGGAGGAAGAGGAAGAGGGAGACAACGAAGAGCAGGACUCUCAGAACGAGGGCAGCACUGAGGAGAAGUCGAGUGCGGCCAGCUCUCCAGAAGCCUCUCCUGCUGACCAGCCCUUCUCUCCCAAGCCCAGGGCCGAGGUGUCUAAAGGGGAGUUGAUGUUCGAUGACUCUUCUGAUUCAUCCCCUGAAAAGCAGGAGCGGAGCUUGAACUGGGCCCCUGCUGAAGCCCCACCACUCACCACGGCCCAGCGCAGGCUGCCUCAGGGAAAAGGGCCAGGACUUAUUAACCUGUGUGCCAAUGUCCCACCUGUCCCCGGGGACAUCCUGCCUCCUGACAUUCGGGGUAACUUGAUGGCUGCUGGACAAAACCUCCAGAGUUCCGAGCGAUCAGAAAUGCUAGGGACCUGGAGCCCAGCUGUCCGGACAUUGCGAAACAUCACGAACAACGCCGACAUCCAGCAGAUCAGCCGACCGUCCAAUGUUGCACACAUCUUACAGUCCCUUUCAGCACCCACAAAAAACCUAGAGCAGCAGGUGGCGCAUGGCCAACAGGGACACCCCACUGCCAGUGCUGUGCUAUUUGGCCAGUCUAAAGGCGCUCCCGAGACACACAUGUUGCAACAGCACCAUCCUCCCCAGCAGCCACCUCAGCAACACCCAGUCCUGCAUCUUCAGCCCCAGAUCAUGCAGCUCCAGCAGCAGCAGCAGCAACAACAGCAACAGCAACAGCAACAGCCACAGCCUUACCCCCAGCCGCCAUCACAUCAGUUCCCUCAGCAAGUCCAUCAGCAUCAGUUUUCUCAGCAGCAGCUCCAGUUUCCACAGCAACCAUUACACCCUCAGCAGCUGCAUCGCCCUCAACAGCAGCUGCAGUCAUUUCAGCAGCAGCAUGCCCUGCAGCAGCAGCUCCAUCAGCUGCAGCAGCAGCAGCUCCAACAACACCAGUUAGCACAGCUCCAGCAGCAGCAACAGCAGCAGCAGCAGCAGCAGCAACAGCACAACCUUCUCCAGCAGCAGCACCAGCAGCAGCAGCUCCAUCGCCUGCACCAGCAGCAACAGCAGCAGCAGCAACAACAGCAGCAGCAGCAGAUGCAGAAUCAAGCAACACACUUGAGCCAAACAUCCCAGGCACUACAGCACCAGGUUCCACCCCAGCAGCCCCUGCAGCUGCCCCUGCAGCCCCCACCUCAGCAGCAGCAACAGCAGCAGCAACAGCAGCAGCAACAGCAGCAGCAGCUUUUUGGACAUGAUCCGGCAGUGGAGAUUCCAGAAGAAGGCUUCUUGCUAGGAUGUGUGUUUGCAAUUGCGGACUAUCCAGAGCAGAUGUCGGAUAAGCAGCUGCUGGCCACCUGGAAAAGGAUAAUCCAGGCACAUGGAGGCACUGUGGACCCCACAUUCACAAGCCGAUGCACACACCUUCUCUGUGAGAGCCAAGUCAGUAGUAUGUAUGCCCAGGCCCUCCGGGAGAGGAAGCGGUGUGUCACUGCGCACUGGCUCAACACAGUCCUGAAGAAGAAGAAGCUGGUGCCACCCCAUCGAGCUCUGCAUUUCCCCGUGGCCUUCCCACCUGGGGGCAAACCCUGUUCACAGCAUAUUAUCUCUGUGACUGGAUUUGUUGACAAUGACAGAGAUGACCUGAAGUUAAUGGCGUACCUGGCAGGUGCCAAGUACACGGGGUACCUGUGCCGCAGCAACACGGUCCUCAUCUGUAAAGAACCAAGCGGUUUGAAGUACGAGAAGGCCAAAGAGUGGCGGAUCCCGUGUGUGAAUGCGCAGUGGCUGGGGGACAUCCUGCUGGGGAACUUGGAGGCCCUGCGGCAGGUGCAGUAUGGCCGCUACACCGCCUUCAACCUGCCGGACCCCUUUGCGCCCACUCCGCACCUCGUCUUGAGUCUUUUAGAUGCGUGGAGGGUCCCAGUGAAGGUAACUGCGGAGCUCUUGAUGGGUGUAAGAUUACCCCCUAAGCUGAAGCCAAAUGAGGUUGCCAACAUCCAGCCUUCUUCUAAAAGAGCCAGAAUCGAAGACCUGCCACCUCCCACUAAGAAGCUGACUCCGGAGCUGACGCCCUAUGUGCUCUUCACUGGAUUUGAACCUGUUCAAGUUCAGCAGUACAUUAAGAAGCUGUACAUCCUGGGUGGGGAAGUUGCUGAGUCCACAAAGAAGUGUACCCACCUCAUCGCCAGCAAGGUGACUCGCACCGUGAAGUUCCUGACGGCCAUCUCUGUGGUGAAGCACAUCGUGACUCCGGAGUGGCUGGAGGAGUGCUUCAAGUGCCAGAAGUUCAUUGAUGAGCAGAACUAUAUCCUGCGAGAUGCUGAGGCAGAAGUGCUCUUUUCUUUCAGUCUGGAAGAGUCCUUAAAGCGAGCCCACGUUUCUCCCCUCUUUAAGACCAAGUAUUUCUACAUCACCCCUGGCAUCUGCCCGAGCCUCGCAACGAUGAAGGCCAUUGUAGAGUGCGCCGGGGGGAAGGUGUUAGCCAAGCAGCCGUCCUUCCGCAAGCUCAUGGAGCACAGGCAGAAUAAGAGUCUGUCAGAGAUCAUUCUAAUAUCCUGUGAGAAUGACCUGCACUUAUGUCGAGAGUACUUUGCCAGAGGAAUAGAUGUGCACAAUGCGGAGUUUGUUCUGACUGGAGUGCUCACACAGACACUGGACUACGAAUCAUAUAAAUUUAACUGACAGCCUCUUGUGUGCUGUGAGCCCGGAGCCUGGAGCACAAGGGUAGCUGCUGGCAGCGUGUAGCCCAGGACUCCCUCCCUGCAGAGGCCUUGUUUUCCAGCUCUGCCGUAGGGAGAGGCCUCUACCAGGAAGACAUGCAAUACUGACUGCAUCGUGUUAAGAUGUGUGAUCUUAUUCUAGGAAACAUAAAUUAUGUUUUGUAUUAUACGCCUAAGAGCCCACAUGAAGUCUUUCGAUUAAUUUAGGUUUCUAUGUGUUUUCAGAAAAGUGUAUGAAAUUUCAUCUACAAAUAAAAUUAUGUAAAUAAAGACUUUGCUGUCUAAAUUA